UUCACAAUGCCUUUCACCGCGAGGUAAGGACAAUUUCUCACCCGGCUUGUCCGUGAUGUCAGACCACUUGCUGACCCAAUAUGACAUCUAGCGAUAUCUGCAAGAUUAUUCUUGCCAUCAUCCUACCUCCUCUAGGUGUCUUCUUAGAACGUGGAUGCGGUGCCGACUUUUGCAUCAACGUCCUGCUCACCAUUCUGGGUUACAUUCCGGGUAUCAUUCACGCGCUGUACAUUAUUCUCAAAUACUAAAGGCGCCCCGAAUCACCCGCGAUUCCCUUCCGCAUUUUUCGGCAUGCAGCGACAGCAUAGCAGGAUUCAACCAUAGACGAUCGGGGAAAGGUUGGACCAAUCGUGUGGCGGUACAAGGGUACGUGGUGCUUGGAGGGGCAAUCUAUACAUGGGUCCAGCUAUGACCCGUGGACCUUUUUCUCUUCGGUGCUAAAGUGGAAAUGGAAUUUAUUGCUGUUCGUCGGGUCUGACCGACGUCACCCAAUCUUCCUUUCUACGCCUUAGUCCACUUUACUCUUUAAUUCUCGACGAUGCGACGCGAUGCGAUGUUUCUCUUUCAAUUAAUCGACUAUCACGACGAUAUAAUGUUGUGGCGGUUCGUCUGGGGGGGCUGGAAUUAGUUGAGGAAUGAUUGCUACGUGUAAUUCGCGACGCUUUUAGAUUUGCUGUUGACAUUAAUGAUUACGAACUCCGAUACCCCUUGCAAGACGUCUCCAUCGCAUAGUGCUAU